AGUUGGUUUUGUUACGACUUGGUCAACAAAAAACGAAUUGCCGUAUGCAAAUCACGCAGUUCGAAUAUUACAGGCGGAGACGCAACAACUUCCAACUUCGUUCGACAUUUGAAGUUGCACAAAGAAGGGCAUUGAAAUACUUGUUUUGGCCACAGGGGGGCAUCAGUGGCGAGGGAGUGGAGGCCUUUACAUACAGUUUCAAUCUGCAGCCUUUAUUACAGGUCGCUCCACCUCUUGCACCAAAAUACGAACAAAUCCUGACAGGUCCUCAUUUUGGAGCGACAGGCGCAGAAAGAAGAAUGUCUUGGUAUCAUCGUGCGUUAGUUUGCACCCUCUUGGUGGUGUUGCUGUUGAAUGUUGUUGAGAAUGAGGCCGCCUCUUUCCCGUGGUCUUGCCCCAGUCUGAAAGGCAGUUGCAGAAAAGUUUGCCUACCAACUGAACUAUUCUUUGGACCUCUGGGCUGCGGAAAAGGCUUCCUAUGCUGCGUGUCUCAUUUUCUAUGAGCGCUAUAAGAGGGAUCUGUGGGAUGGAAUGUCAACCUAUAUGCAGUCCAUGAAGGGCAGAUGCGAUAAGAGAUUGCUGAUAUUGUGUGAUGGCUUAUUAAAUUACACUAGUAGUGUUUGCUCUGAUGUAACCUCAUCAACUUUUAACAAACGUUGCUGGGUUUAACUGUAGAAUUGAAGUAAAAUAGUACAUUAAAUAUCCU